AUGGCAACCGAGCCCGACCCCUUCGCGCAAACCCUCCUCGCCCGCGCGCAUCCCCCCGCCGUCGCAGAAGCCCUCUACGCUGAACGCGUCGUCAAGCGCCCCCUUUACAUUCGCGCGAACAGCCCCAUCCCCUCUGCCCGCGCCUCACGCCGCCAAGCGCAAAAUGCACGCAAAGCCAAGGCGCGCGCACGCAGCGCUUUGAAGCCUCGCCCGCUAUCCGCCGCCCAAAAGCGCGCCCUUGGCCUCCUCGAGAUCCCAAAGACGCAGCAAAAAUACGAGAUAUACGAGGGUCUACACAAGCUGUGGACAGGCUACAUGGGGGAGAUACUAGGGCUAGGUGGAGAAGGCGGAAAAGCUUUUGUGACACCUGCUAGCGCAGGGCAACAGCUUGCGAGCGCGGAUAUGCAUGGUGCGAUCGUGGAGGUUGUAAGGAGUCGGUGUCCGAGCCGCGUUGGGCUUCAGGGGAUCGUGGUGCGGGACACAAAGUUUACGUUCGAGAUUAUUACGAAGAAGGACAAGGUCAAGGUCGUGCCCAAGGAGCAUUCGGUUUUUCGGUUUGAAGUGCCGUCGCCAAGGACAGAGGAUGAGGAGGAAAAGAGACCGUUGGUCUUCGAGAUUUUGGGAGAACAGUUUCAGACGAAGGCGGCGGAUAGGGCGAAUAGGAAGUUUAGGAUCCACUAUCAGCCGGAUAUAUAA